AUGCGAGCUCGUUCUCUGGCCUCGCAGGAUGCGCUCUCGACGACGGAGACGCUCAGGCUCGUGGUCGAGGCAGAUUCGAUCGAGCGCGAAGUCUCCAUCAGUGUGUUCGGCAUGUCCAAGUCGGCGUGCGCCUCCUCCGUUGAGCUCGGGUUGAAGAACCUUCCCGGAGUACUAUCCGCGAAGGUCUCUCUGCUCACUGAGGCCGCGGAUGUGCGCUUUGACGAGCGCAUUAUCGGGACAGAGAGGCUCCUCGGCGCGGUCGAGGAAAUGGGCUUCGCGGCGUUGCUGCGGGACGAGCGAGCGACAUCCUCGGUCAGAAAUCAUCAUGUUAGGCUUGAGGUGACGGGCAUGACGUGCUCAGCAUGCAGCGGUGCGGUGGAAGCCGCGUUGCAAGGGAUACCGGGUGUGAGCCGAGUUGCGGUAUCUCUCACCACAGGCAGUGUGAUGGUGGAGAUCAAGCACGGGUGCACCGUGCUUCCGGCCACCCUCAUCAAGGAGGUGGAGGACGCCGGUUUUGAAGCCGAGGAAAUCAAAGAAGUAGAAGAGUCCAGCGUACGAUUACUCAUCGAAGGUAUGACGUGCUCGGCGUGCACGGGGGCGGUCGAGCGUGCCCUCACUGAGAUGAACGGGGUCGAGGCUGUCUCGGUGUCGCUCCUGCCGGAGGGCUCUGCUGAGGUGCGUUUCAACCCUGAUCUCACUGGGCCGCGCGACUUCAUCGAGGUCAUAGAAGACGCUGGGUUCGACGCGAGGAUAUCGUCGUCGGAUAAGCGCGGCGCAUCGAAUCACGCGGCAUCAAAUGAGGUAGAGAACUACCGGAGGCUAUUCUGGGCGAGCUUGACAUACACUUUGCCGACGUUUCUUAUCAACAUGGUGUUGCCGCAUUUGCCAGCGUUCAUUUGGAUGUACCAAGGGUUCAUUCAGAAGGUUACCCUGGCUUCGUUUUUGAAAUGGGGUUUGGCCACCCCGGUGCAGUUUUCCAUCGGAUCACGGUUCCACAUAGGUGCAUACAAGUCACUGAAGAAUGGGUCAGCAAACAUGGAUGUCCUCGUCUCCCUCGCGACCAACGUGGCGUAUUUUACAAGCAUAUACCUCAUAUUCCAUUGUCUGCUGACUGGACACAACUUCGGAAGGGAUUUCUUUGAGACGAGCACAAUGUUGAUCACUUUCAUACUCCUUGGCAAGUAUUUGGAGUCCGCUGCCAAGAGAUCCACAUCUGAGGCAAUCUCGAAGCUCUUGGACCUCACUCCAAACUCAGCCAUCCUUCUCAAUGAAGUUCCCGGCAUGGAUUCUAAGGAAUAUUCCGAGGAGACGAUAUCGUCGACUCUGAUCCAUCGCGGCGAUCUACUGAAGGUUUUACCAGGAUCUCGCAUUGCUGCAGAUGGCGUGUUAGUUGAAGGGAACAACGUCCACACGGAUGAGUCAAUGAUUACCGGUGAGUCUCUUCCGGUUCUCAAGAAAAUUGGAGAUGGCCUUGUUGGGGGCACCCUCAACUCGGGAGGCGCAUUUAUCAUGCGUGCCGAGCGAGUGGGUGCGGAUGCUUCACUCUCACAGAUCAUCAAGCUCGUGGAGAACGCGCAGCUGGCAAAAGCACCGAUCCAGGCGUUUGCAGAUAGGAUAUCAAACGUUUUUGUCCCUUUCGUUGUUGCAGUUGCGCUGACUACGUGGUUUGUAUGGUAUAUUGCUGGUGAGCUUGCUAUGUAUCCUGAUUCAUGGCUUCCAGAGGGAGAAACUAAAAUGAUAUUCGCGAUCAUGUUUGGCAUAUCAGUCCUGGUUACAGCCUGCCCUUGUGCACUCGGCCUCGCGACUCCAACUGCAGUCAUGGUAGGGACUGGCGUGGGAGCAACCAAUGGAAUCUUGAUCAAAGGUGCCGACGGACUUGAGCGCGCAGGUAAAAUUACAAUUGCAGCGUUUGAUAAGACGGGUACGUUGACUGUGGGUCAUCCAACUGUGGUAAACUUCAAGGUUUUUCAGAGUGGCUUAUCAGAGAGUCAGUUUUUACGCGUCGUAGGAGCUGCAGAGUCACAGAGUGAACAUCCCAUCGCGAGAGCAAUUAUCAAGUUUGUCCGUUCAAAGCUUUCCGAGGUUCAGGUUGACACACCCAAGGAUGUGAGCGAUGAUGCGUACCUGAACUUACCAAAAGUCGAAGACGUCAACAUAGUUCCAGGUGAAGGAAUGACUUGUCGCAUAGCCGGUAGCGAAGUUAUCGUGGGCAACAAUAAGCUGCUAAAGGAUGCUGAAGUUGACAUUCCAAAAGACGUCCUGAGCCACGUAGGGGAGAUACAAAGAGAUGCACACACGUGUGUACUUGUUGCCAUGAACAGACAGGUGGCAGGCUUAUUAGCCAUCACAGAUCCAAUCAGGCCCGAGGCUGCGGGCGUCGUUGCGGCGUUGAGUCGCAUGGGCGUGCAGAGUCACCUGGUGACGGGUGACAACUGGCAAACCGCGCGAGCAAUAGCUGCAGAGUGCGGUAUAGUUUCUGUACACGCGGAAGUUUCUCCCGCUGGGAAGGCCGCGAAGAUAGAAGAGCUGAAGGCGCCACCUAUGAAAAAAUCACUCAGCGGUAUCGUGAAGGUCGAGCAUCGAAAUGCUCCGGUCGUUGCCAUGGUAGGGGACGGAAUCAAUGAUGCUCCCGCGCUGGCUGCAGCGGAUGUUGGCAUAGCAAUCGGCGCUGGAACAGACAUCGCAAUCGAAGCCGCAGACUUUGUUCUCAUGAGAAGCGAUCUCGAGGACGUGGCUGCUGCGAUCGACUUAUCGCGGAAAACUUUCCGUCAGAUACAGUACAACUACGUCUGGGCAAUGGUUUACAACCUUCUCGCCAUACCCAUCGCUGCUGGCGUCCUGUACCCCAAAACACGCAUUCAGGCCCCGCCAUGGGUUGCUGGCGCUGCUAUGGCUUUCAGCUCUGUUUCUGUGGUGUGUUCAUCGCUUUCACUGCGAUACUACACGCGGCCAAGCCCGGUAAUGCGAGGGAUUGAAGUCGAGGACGCUGGCCAAGAAAUGGUGACGAUCCAACAUUAG